AUGCAGCGCGAGGGCACCACCACGCCCGACAACCAGCACAACCUCUGCGUCUACAAGAUCGACAACAAGCGAGCAGGUAGCGAUGUGGAGGUGGAGGCGGCGGCAGUCUGCCUCGGCUUACCGUCCAAGCGGGAUGAGCUCCCCGCCGGUGCUGAGAAGGGCCUCACCAGGGCUCCCCUCUCACUGGUUUAUCGGGACUCACUCACGGUGGCCACUAAGUUAUGUUCUACUAAGUUGACACAACGAGAGGAGAUCCUGGGCGUGCUGAAGUGGAGCACGCACCACGAGGCGGGGUCGCUGCGCGCGGCGCUGGAGCGCCUGCUGCUGGUGCCCAGCGAGGAGCUGGUCAAGUUCCUGCAGGACAUCCUCGACGCACUCUUCGCCAUCCUCACGCAGGUGGAGGAGGAGGGCGAGUACAGCGAGCAGAGCUACGGCGUGCUGGUGCUGGAGUGCCUGCUGCGCGUCAUCUCGCUGGUGGCCGACCACAAGUACCAGCACUUCCAGCCCGUGCUGCAUGUCUACAUCGACGAGAGCUUCUGCGACGCACUGGCUUACCAGAAGUUGAUAUCGGUGUUGGUGUGGGCGGUGCGCGCGGCGGACGGCGGCGAGGCGGCGCUGAAGCGGCUGCUGCUCUGCAUGAAGUGCCUGGAGAGCCUCAUGCGGCUCAUCGUGCGCAGCUGGCAGCUCCGCGCCGCGCUCGACACACACACACACCACGCUGACCCUGUGUGCUACCACCUGGAGGAGCUGCUGGAGGCGCUGGUGUGGCUGAUGCGGUGCGGCGACCACGCGCUCACCUGCCAGGGCUCCGCGCUCAAGUACCUGCCGCACGCCGUCCCGCACGCCAUCAAGAUAUUCCCUGAAGUCGAGCUCAGUGCGUACUGCGUGCGCGCGCUGGACGCGCUGCCGCUGGGCCGGCUGAGCAAGCAGCGGCUGCUUUCGCUGCUGGAGCUGGCGCGCGGCGAGCUGGGCCGCGAGCCCGCCGCGCGCGCCCGCCUGCUGCCGCACCUCGCCGCCACGCUGCGUGCGCUGCUGCGCGCCUCCGCAGAGUGCGAGCGCGAGGCGGCGCACAAGUCGCGCUCGGCGGGCAAGGCGGCGCGGCUGCUCGGCGCGGACGCGGGCCGCCUGCGCGAGCACACGCACCACGCCCACAUCGUGGAAUUGUGCGUGGAAACAAUGGGGGAGGUGGUAUCCUUGCUUGCGAGGGAUGAUGUGGGCGCGGUGGAGGCUGACAGGGGAGAGUUCGCGCGCCGCAUGCUGCCGACUGUACUUAAGACGACCGCUACAAUGCUGAGAGAUAGGGCUGUUAAUAAAGAUGGAACGGUGGUCGAUGACCCAUUAGUGCGUCGUAUGGUAUGCGUGCUGCUGGACGUGGUGCGGCAGAUGUCGGAGGAGCAGUACUCCCUGCUGGUGCGCGCGCUGCAGCACGAGCGUAACUUCUGUAUAAUUGUGUUAAAACUACCUUUGUCGAUGUUUCCAGGUGAGCACAAGCGGUCGUUCAUCCCGGCGCUGGUGGGGCCGUUCCUGGAGGUGAGCUUCCUGCCGGACGACGAGGUGCGCAACACCACCAUCCCGCUCUUCUACGACAUGAUGAUCACCGAGUAUUCGCACAGCCUCGCCAGCGGGGAGAACUGUGACAACCCGCUCCGUACACUAGAAAGCGAGUUAAUAGACAAGGUAGAUGUGCUCGCGUCCCGUGGGUUGGGCGACGGGGCGUGGCGCGCCCGCUUCGUGUCGGCGUGCGGCGCGCGCUGCCGCGAGGGCGGGGCGGGCGGCGCGGGCGCGGCGCUGGUGGCGGCCGCAGCUCGCCAGCUGGACGCGCUGCUGCAGUACCGCGCGGCCGCGCAGCACCGCAUGCACCUCACUACCAGAGUGCUGCGCUUCUACGAACAGAUCGAACGACCGCAUAUGUAUAUACGGUACGUGCACAAGCUGGCGCAGAUGCACAGCGGGCUGGCACAGUGGGCGGAGGCGGGGCUGGCGCUGCGAAUAUACAUCAUCUUCCCGGAAUCUGGGUUCGUGUACCGCGGCAACGAGUACGAGCAGCUGCAGGAGUUCAAGGAGCGGCUGCUGGACGAGUGGCCCGACGCAGAGGUGCUGCCGCGCCUCGACCCGCCCGGAGACGACAUCACACACUCCGACGGACAGUAUCUGCAGAUCAAUGCAGUGGAACCCGUGAUGGGGGACAAGUUAAAGCGGCUAUCAGGUCGGCCCGUCGCUGAACAAAUCCUGCAGUACUACAAACAUAAUAAUGUUGACAAAUUCGUGUUUUCCAGACCGUUUCAUAAACCGGAUGAUUCGGUGACAGGAUCGAAUGAGGACGUAUCUAGUCAGAACGAAUUUGCGACUAGAUGGCUGGAGCGAACGGAACUAGAAAUUAGUGAUAAAUUGCCCGGUAUCCUACGCUGGUUCCCUGUGGUGAGCGUGCGUACCUACUGGGUGUCCCCGCUGGAGGCUGCGGUGGAGGCGCUGCGGGAGACCAACCGCGCGCUGAAGGCACUCGUGCUGGAAGCUCGCACCAGCGAUGCUCCCCUGCAUCAGCUCAGCAUGAGACUAAAUGGUAUGUAG